AUGGCCAACGAUGAGGAGGAGAGCUACCAUAUUGACGACCAGCUAGACCAACAGUGCCAACUGUCAAUGGUGGAGCCACAUUACAAUCAUCAUUUGGAGAGCAUUGCUGCUGAGGAGGAUUGGUUCCGCCAGCCCGAGGACUGGGAGAUCAACCUCAAGUAUCUCUACAAGUGGAAGUGGAGAGUAGAGAUGGAAAAGCAUUUCAAACGCUAUCGCAAGAACCGAACCAAACUGAUACAUGACGAGCACUUCAAGAACAAUGUCGUCAGAAGCUGUGACAGCAGUCCAUGUACAUUUGUAUAUAACUUUGAAGAAGGAAUAGAAUCUGGACGAGAGAUUGAUGUUGGACAUGAUGAUGAGGACGAUCAAGCUCCGGGGCGUGACGAAUUGAAUACCUUGCCACACGACCCAGCAUUCCUUCAAUCACUACUGGACAACCUUGACGAGAUAUGCCACUCCGAUGGCCUAGGUCGCCCCAUUGAGUCCAGCUCUACAUUCUUUGACAUUGGCGACUAUGACCUUUCCUCGUUUGAUGGCCUCGACGAAGAUCAAGACUUUGACCUAGAGAUUGAUGACACUGGUGCGCUCUAUGCUGUCUUCCGCUCGCCUGUCGGCACCAUCAACUCUGACGAGGAGUUCUGGUCAUCCUCACUGCACUCCUCUGUGAUAUCCGAGACGUCAAUGUCUCCGGCCACCACAACAACCACAUCACCAACCUUUGUACAGAAGCUCUACAACCUUGUGGACGAGUGCAGUCUGUCGCCAACCGAGGAGGAGAAUGUCAUGUUUGAUCAAUUCUUGGAACAUAUCAAGAAUCUUCAAUUGCCAAUGACCUGUGAGGAGAACAACAUCAACAACUCAUCCAGCGAUGAGUAUUACUCCCAGACUUCCGCUACCAGUUCCUGGAUACCAGCAGCAUCAGAAGUCUGCGAGUGA